AUGGAUGCAAUAGUUCUACAAGAUAUGGUUUUGGGAGUAUUAUUUUUCUUCCAAUUCAUAUCUGGUUUUGUUGGAAAUUCACUGUUGAUUCUGAUAAAUAUAAACACUUUUCUGCAGAAAGCAAAGCCAAUAGAUUGGAUAUUUAUCCACUUAACUUUAGCCAACAUGAUGACAGUUUUAUUCGCCGGGAUUCCGGAAUUAAUAUUUUUCUUUGGAAUAAGAAACUUUCUGAAUGACACUGGUUGUAAGGCAGUUCUGUUUUUGUAUAGAGUGGGCCGGGGUCUUUCCCUCUGCACCACAUCUUUCCUCAGUGUGUUCCAAGCCAUCGUGAUCACCAACAAGCAUGCUCAGUGGGCGUGGCUCAAAUCAAACAUCUACACAUGCAUUUCUUCUGCCCUCCUCUGUUUCUGGGUACUCAACAUGCUGAUCUAUAUCCGGGUCAUCAUUGGAGUGAAGGCCCCAUUCAAUAUUUCUGGAAUUGAAGGAGUUUAUAACCAAAAAUACUGUAUAGCACAUUACUCAGAUAUUACGGGAGCCUCUGCAUUUCAGGGAGGGAUGAUUUUAAGAGAUUUCCUGUGUAUUCUCCUCAUGAUCUGGACCAGCGUGCACAUGGUAAAGUUCCUCUUCAACCACCGCAAAAAUGUCCAGCACAUCCUUAGCCACAGUCUCUGCCCACAGUCCUCUCUAGAGAUCAAGGUCACCCACACCAUCCUGGUUCAAGUCAGCUGUUUUGUUUUUUUUUACUGGAUCAACUGCUGCCUUACCAUUUAUGUAACAUUCAGUCCUGUGAUACAAGGGUUAGAAAACAUUACUGUUUUUAUCUCUUCCUGCUACCCAGUGAUCUGUCCUUUCUUGAUAAUAAAAAACCACAGAGGCCCCUUUCUGAACUGCACAUUUGUAAAGAUGAGGAAAUCUCCACAGAUCACUGCCACCAGAGACUUGAAUUACUCUCACACCAGCUGUGACACUAAGUGCUCAGGACAGAAAAUUCCAAGUGCAAAGGUUAAGUGA